CCACAGGGGUGUGGGCGGGGUGCUGCCGGUUGUGCGGUUGGCUGGGUGCCCGUGGCAGGGGCAGAACCUGGAGAGGUGGCUUCUACUCUCUUUUUUUCUAUGGGUUUCGGUCUGUGGUCUGUACCAAAAGGGUUAAAACUGGGGUUACUCCCUCCCGGUUUUUGAGUUGACAUACGUAUUAAUAUUUCUAGUAUCUCGCUGGUUUCUCUAACUUUCCCAAGUCCAAAAUAAAAUGCGUGAACAACAGAGCCACGCUGCAGUUACGUUGAGCUCCCCCAGGAACCUGUGAGGUGUUCCAGGAACACACGUGUUCAUUGAUCCGAGCUUUGCAUAAAGUCCUGGUUUAGUAGCCUGCUGGACAGCCACAGCUUUGGAAUCAGACCGGCUUGACUGCCUCCUUUACUGUGUUAGAUGGAGGCAUUAUUAAGAACUUCCUGCCACCUGUUUCUCAGCUGUAAUAGGGAUCCCUGUCUGAAGGAUCGUUAUGAAGAAUGAGUGAGAUGAUGUGUAAGUGGCACCAGCAUCCACUGAAUUGUUCAGCCCCCCCAAGCCCAGAAGCCAUUAUUGAUUUAACUCUUGCUUUCAUUGAUCAACAGUCCAGUUCUUCAAAGCGUCCUGUUGCCUCUACCUCCAGAACAGAUACUAAAUUCACCCUUUGUUUCCACCUCCAUUGCUACCACCCUGGGCCAAGCCACCAUCAUCUCUCUCCUGGACUCCUUCCUAACUGAUCUCUGUGUUCACUUACUCUCCAUAACCACUUCUUCAUAAAGCAGCUUGAUCCUUGUAAACUGGGAAUCCCGGGCGCAUGGGUGGCUCAGUCAGUUGAGUGGCUAACUCAUGGUCUCAUAGUUGGUGGGAGGGGGUCCCGAGUCAGGCUCUGUGCUGACAGCGCUGAGCCUGCUUUGGAAUCUCUCUCUCCGUCCCUCUCUGUCCCUCCCCACCCCGACCCAGGUAUGCACAUGCAAUCUCUCUCAAAAUAAUUUUUUUAAAAAUGUAAGUUUGAUCAGGGCACCUGGCUGGCUCAGUCCGUAGAGUUUGCUACACUCUUGAUCUUGGAAUAGUAAGUUUGAGCCUCACGUUGGUGUCAAGUUUACUUGAAAAACACGUAAAUCUGAUCGAGACACUGCCUUGCUUCCUAGGUGCUUUGAUGAAAUCUUAACUCCUUACCAUUAUCGAAAAAGUGCUACAUGAUCUGUCCCCUGCUGCCUUUUGAAGGCUAGCACAUUCAUCCUCUCCCACAUUGACUCUACUCCACCUAUACUGGCCUGAUUUCUGCUCUGUAAAUAUGGCAGGCCUCUGGGCCUUUGCACUUACUGGUCAGCCUGGAAUGCUUUUCCUCCACAGGAAGGCGAAAGAAAACAGUGAUUAAGAGCAAGAACUGGAGUCCAGUUGGUUUCAGAUUCCAGCUCUCCUGCUUACUAGCUUUUUGACUUGGGAGUUCUUUACAGACAACCUGUGGGGCACACUCCCUUGCUCGUGGCAGGAAGCGCUGGAUGGACUGAACCCGCCACAGCUGGCCGCACAGCUGCUGGGGAUGCCUGGGGAAGGGGAAGUGGUCAGGUAUGGGCAAGAGGGGCCCCGUGCCGGGGGACCCAGGGUGUCACUGUCAGGAUGCAAUGGAGCUAUUCACUGGGGGCCCGGGCUGGCCUAUCGCAGGUACAGGUCGGUGUGGCCACUCACCCUGCUGGCCCUGAAGUCCACAGCCUAUGCCCUGGCCUUUACCCGGACACCUGGGUUUCAGACCCCCUCAGAGUUCCUGGAGAACCCCAGCCAGAGCUCCCGCCUGACAGCCCCGUUCCGGAAACACGUCAGGCCCAAGAAGCAGCAUGAGAUCCGGAGGCUGGGAGAGUUGGUGAAGAAACUGAGUGACCUCACGGGCUGCACCCAGGUCGUGGAUAUAGGCUCAGGCCAGGGCCAUCUCUCCCGAUUCAUGUCCCUGGGGCUGGGGCUGACAGUGAAGAGCAUCGAAGGCGAUCGGAGGCUGGUGGAGAGAGCCCAGCGCCUGGACCGGGAGCUCCUGCAGGCCCUGGAGAAAGAGGAGAAGAGGAGCCCACAGGUGACCCGGGCCGGCCCUCGCCACUCCCCACACCACGUGGUUAGGUGGGUAGAGCCCACGGCCCUGUGCAAGGAGCUCCUGCUUCCCCUGGAGCCCUUGCCUCCGCGCGGGGCCCGCCUGCUGCUGACGGGCCUCCACGCCUGCGGGGACCUGAGCGUCGCCUUGCUGAGGCACUUCUCCUGCCCCGAGGUGGUGGCCCUGGCCUCGGUGGGCUGCUGCUACAUGAAGUUGAGUGAGCCUGGCGGCUACCCACUGAGUCAGUGGGUGGCGGGGCUUCGUGGCUCCGAGCUGCCCUACAGGCUGCGGGAGGGGGCCUGCCACGCCUUGGAGGACUACGCCGAGCGGCUACAGAGAGCGGGCCCCGGGCUCCGCACCCACUGCUAUCGGGCGGCACUGGAGACGGUCAUCCGGGGCGCCCGGCCCGAGCUUCGACGGCCAGGCGUGCAGGGGAUCCCCAGGGUCCACGAGCUCAAGAUCGAAGAAUACGUACAGCGGGGGCUGCGGCGGGUGGGGCUGGAUCCCCAGCUGCCACUGAACCUGGCUGCCCUUCGGGCCCACCAGGCCCAGGAGAACCGAGUGGUGGCCUUCUUCAGCCUGGCCCUGCUCCUGGCCCCGCUGGUGGAGACACUGAUUCUGCUGGACCGGCUGCUCUGCCUUCAAGAGCAGGGCUUCCAUGCUGAGCUCCUGCCCAUCUUUAGUCCUGAACUCUCGCCCAGGAACCUAGUUCUGGUGGCCACCAAGAGUCCCCUGGGUGAGGCCUUCUCUCUUCUGGAAACUGAAGACAGCUGACGAACUCCAUCUGGAAUUCACCCAGAGGACCAGCCUCCUAGCUUCCUGCAACCCUGGCCUCUCCCUCCCCAUGUCAAUAUAAUACUAUGUAAAGGUUUAUUUAUAAUUUAUUAAAUAAAUGAAAUCUUUAUUUCUC